ACAAUCAAUAUUCCAAUGGAAAAAAUUAUCAUUUCAAAUGUAUCAUCAUCAUCAUCAAUACGACAAACAAUGAUUAAUAAUUUACGAUCAAAUUCAUUAUAUAAAAUACGUUUAGCAGCUAUAAAUCGUCUGGGACAAAGUGAUUAUACAAAAUGGUUACGUUUUCGUACUGAACAAAGUGCACCAGAAACACCACCAAUCGAUAUACAGGCAACACCUACCGGUCCAAAUUCAAUAAAAAUAACAUGGAAGGCACCAAAAAAAUCCGAAUGGAAUGGUGAAAUUAGUGGUUAUUAUAUUGGUUAUCGUUCAGAAAAAUCUGAUACCGAUCUAUAUAAAACAGUUGAAAACGUACAGGUUAAUGGCCGAUAUGAAUCACAUAUAACUAAUCUACAGCGAUCAACCAUUUAUAAAUCAUGGGUACAGGCAUUUAAUCAACGUGGUACAGGACCACGUUCGGAAAUCGUUUCCGUACAAACAUUAGCUGAUGUACCACCAAGUGCACCAUUAUUACGUUUACAUUCAUCCACAAGUGAUUCAAUUACAAUUAGUUGGUUAUCAGCUACUUUUGGUGGUAGCGGUGGAAGUGGUGGUCAAUUAUCAUCGAGAAAAGCAAGCAGUAGCAGUUCAUCAAAUGAUUUAACACUUUAUUAUCGUUUAUAUCAACCAUUAUCAUCAUCAUCGUCGUCGUCAUCUGUGGUGACCAACAACAACAAUAUUGGUCAACAAUCAAUGAUACUAAUGCCAAAUAAUUGGCAUGAUAUAUCAAUAAUGGAACCGAAUGGUCGUCAUACAAUAACUGGUUUAGAAUGUGGACGAUCAUAUGAAUUUUUUGCUACUGCACAUAAUUCCGUAGGUAAAUCUGAACCAAGUACACCGUUAAUUGCUCGUACACGUGGUGAAGCACCAACACCACCUGGUAGAAAUAAUUUACUUAGUGAAACUAUUUCAGAUAAUUCAAAAACCGUUACGAUUAUUAUUAAUCUGAUCAAUUGGAAAAAUAAUGAAUGUCCAAUCAAUCAUUUUACAUUACGUAUACGUCCAUUAAGUUUACAAAAAUCAAGUGCCUUACAACAACAACAACAACAACAACAACAACAUUCAUCAUCAUCAUCAUCAUCUACAUUAUCUGCAACAAAUAUAAUGUCAAAUACAGGCUGGACAAUAUUAUCCAUGCAACAUAAUCCAAGAGAAAAUUUUCUACUACGAAAAUUAAUACCAAAUCAACCAUAUGAAUUAGAAAUAACAGCACAUUCAUCAGCCGGUUCAACACAAGUAAUCCAUCAAUUUAUAACACCUAAUAUUACAGCCAAUAUUGAUUCAUCAUCAUCAUCAUCAUCAUUUUUAAAUAAAAUUGGCUAUGAUAAUUCAAAUACAAAAAUAACAUCAUCAAUAUCAUAUCCAAUGCCAUCAUCAACAACAACAGAAAUAUCAUUCGGUGAUUAUGAAAUUCUAUUACCAAUUAUAUCAUCAAUGAUUGUUGUUAUUGUUAUUAUUGCUGUUGCUUGUUUUCUUUGUUCACGUGAUCAUCAUUCAUUAUUUUUACAACCAAUUGGUAAUGGUCAUAAUGGUCAUAAUGAUGGUCAUCAUCAUCAUCAAAGACAGCCAUCAACACCAUCAUCAGAAAAUAAAGUGCCUUUUCAUCAUACACAUCAUCCACAUUCACAUCAUCAUCAUUCAAAUGAUCCAAAUGAUUUACAGCAACAACAAGAAAUGUCAAUUUUAAAAGAAUUAGUUCGUUCAAAUUCAAUAACAAUAAUGGAUGGUUUUAAUCCAUUAAUCAAUAAUGGUGGUGGUUGUAUUGGUCAAUCAACAGAUUCAUCAACAAUAUUAACAACAACAAAUGGUAUUAUUGGUGGUGAUUAUGGUGAUUUACAAAAUCGAUUAAUCGAUAGUGAACCAACAUCAUUGAUUAACACUAAUAAUAAUCAACAACAACAACAACAAUUACGUAAUCAUUCUUAUCAUCAUUCGCAUCUUCAUCAUCAUCAACUUACAUUAAUGUCACCAAGACAUCAACAACAACAGGGAAAAACAAUUGCAAUGGGAAAAGAUCUAGUAGAAUUACAAUCAUUUUUAAAUAAUUCUACCAAUAAUAAUAAUAACAGUAAUGGUUAUGUAACACAAAAACGUAUUGGUCAUUCAGGUAAUGGUGGAAAUUAUGCAUUACCAUAUGAUGUAUUACCUGUUGUUACACAAUCCAAACAACAACAAUCAGGUAAUAAUAUGGCAAUCUAUGGACAACGUACAACAUUUAUAUCAGCCAAUAACAACAACAAUAAUGAACCAUUAUAUGCAACAGCUAAAUUGAUUAACAUCAAUGGUAAUGGUGGUGGUGGUCAAUUUGUUAAUUAUGGUCCAAAGAUUGAUGAAUUAGCUAUGUCAACAGUAAUAGCUAAUUCAUCAUCAUUAUCAUCAUCAUCAACAUCAUCAUCAACAGCAACAACAAAUGGUUCACAACGUACUAAUUAUGAAUCAUUAGUGCCAAUAAUUUGUUCAUCAUCAUCUACAUCAACAUCAACAUCAUCAUCAGGAAUGGCUAUAUCAACUGCUUCGGCUGUUACUGCCGGAACAAAUACAAUGGUCAUGUGAUGUGAUCCGAUGAUGUUCAAUCAAGUAAAGGGUUAACGGUGUUUUUUUUUGUUCUUGUAAAUUAAAG